AUGACAUAUGAGAAGAAAACAGGAGACGCCUGAAUAAAUCCGUCCGCCUCGGUCCGCGGAGCUGCUCAGUUCGGUCGAGGUAGCCGUCAGAGAGCGGACCGGCCUCAGAGGUUCUGCCUGCCACAUCGUCUGAAAGCGGACACUUUUCACCACAGUGCCAUGGAGUUUCCAGACCUCGGGGAGCAUUGCUCAGAGAAGUCCUGCAAGCAGCUGGAUUUUCUGCCCAUGAGAUGUGAUGCUUGUGAAGGAAUUUUUUGCAAAGACCACAUAACUUAUGCAAGUCACAAGUGUACUUCCUCAUAUAAAAAGGAUGUCCAGGUCCCGGUAUGUCCACUGUGUAACACCCCUGUUCCAAUUAAAAGAGGGGAAAUGCCAGAUAUUAAAGUUGGAGAGCACAUAGACCGUGACUGCAAAUCAGAUCCCGCACAGAGGAAAAGAAAGAUUUUUACAAAUAAGUGCUCCAAGGGAGGCUGCAAGCAGAAGGAGAUGAUUCGUGUGACGUGUGACCAGUGCCACUUGAACUACUGUCUCAAGCACAGACAUCCACUUGACCAUGACUGUAAGACUGACGGCAAACCAGUCUCAAAAUCCGGACAUGCUGCUUUGAUGAGAGCUCAGGGUGCUUCCAGCAGUAAUACUGCAGCCUCAUCCAGUAGAGGAAGCUCCAGAAAUGCCUCUAAUGGACUGGGUGCGAAUGCAUGCGUUCAGAGCAGUAGUGCUCAGAGGACCCCAGCCCCUUCCAUGGUUCCACCCCCAGCACAGAAUGUAAUACCUCCAUCAGCAUCUUAUCAGGCUGGACUGACAGAGGAGCAGGCACUCCAGCGAGCGUUAGAGAUGUCACUGGCUGAAUCAUCACGGAACACCCAGCCUGCCCUCAGUCCUCAGGAGCAGGAGGAUCUGGCCUUGGCUCAGGCCCUCGCUGCUAGUGAAGAAGAGUACCGACGGCAGCAGCAGAGACAACAGGUAUCCAGAACCCUUAGCAGUCAAUAGCAUGCUAUGCUAGCAGGAUCUCAAUUAGGGGAGAGAUUCCAAGCAGUCCAACUGCCUCCUGUCUUAAUGCCAGAUCAUACUGACCUGGUGCAAUCUGCCUCAAUCUGCACAGACCAUUCCUCGGUCCAGCAUACAAGUUUCUGAAUCUCCUAAUGAAUGCAGCUGAAAACUUUUAGAUUUUACUUCUUUUUUUUUUUUUUUUUUUUUGUCUGUGCUCCUAAGCAAAAUUGAUUUUUUAAAGAGCACAUUAUGUACAUAUUUUAUAUAGUGAUCAUGUUAAUCCAUAUUCGGUAUAGAUGUUUCUGAAAAUAAAUUAUUUUAAACAUAA